UCGGGAGCCGGGCGGGCUGGCGGCAUCUCCCGUUUGGUCUGCGCAGGGAAAGCGGGUCCAAUUGGAGAGGAAGCUGCAGCCGGAGGGAGAGUCCGGUGGAUUCCCCCAGCUCUCUCCUCGCCAGCUUUCCCCCCCACCCACCCCCGCCCGCCUUAGAGGGCCCGGGUCGGCUGCUCUGGAGCUGAACGGAGGAAGUUUCCUUUCGAUCGAACACCGGGAGCCUGGGCUGCGCGAUCUGUAAUGGCCAAGGAUGUCUUCGGAGGGGGAACCAGAGCCAUCCGCUGGAAAUAGUCCAGAAGCGGCGGCGGCGGCUGCAACUACAGAUGCUAGCGAGGAGCAAAGACCAAUCAAGCAAUCUUUGAGUUCUUCGCUGUGCAGAGAAUCUCACUGGAAGUGUCUCCUUCUCUCAAUUCUGAUAUAUAGUUGCCUGGGGGCUAUAGCUUGGUGCCAACUCACACAAGUCACUAAGCUCAGUUUUGAUAGUUCUUUCAAAGGCAAGUCUAUGAUUUACCAUGACAGUCCUUGCUCGGAUGGCUAUGUGUAUAUUCCAUUAGCAUUCCUUGUUAUUCUUUAUGCGGUCUACUUGGUAGAGUGUUGGCACUGCCGCACCAAAAGCGAACUUCAAUACAAAGCUGAUGUGGAAAGUGUCUAUGAUCGAAUUGCCAGAAUGAAACAGGCCACACCGUGUAUAUGGUGGAAAGCCAUAAGCUACCACUUUGUCCGACGGACAAGGCAGGUGACUCGGUAUCGCAAUGGUGACGCUUAUACAACAACUCAGGUUUACCAUGAGAGAGUCAAUACCCAUGUGGCUGAAGCAGAGUUUGACUACUCCCACUGUGGAUUCAAAGACAUAUCUAAGGAACUCAUGGGCCUGGAAUGGUAUUCCACCACAAGACUAAAGUUCACGAAAUGUUUCAGUUUUGCCAACAUGGAAUCUGAGAACUCUUACUUGGCACAGAGAGCUCAUUUCUUCACAGAAAUAGAAGGCCUGGAUGAUUACAUGGAGAUCAGAGAAGGCAUGAAACUCAAAAAUAUAGACUUCAAAGAAGUCAUGAUGGCUUAUGGAGACCCAGAACAUCUUCCCUGGUACAUAUCCCAUUAUGCUUUCUGGGUGGCUGCUUUGAUGAUGAUUUCAUGGCCACUGAGAGUAUUCACGGAAUAUCAGACUGCACACGUACACUACCAUGUGGAGAAACUUGUUGGCGUGGAGUACAGUGUGCCUUCUGUGGCAGAGGAGCCCCUCUACAGAUACCGAAUCCCCAGGGUAAGCACUCAGGACAGCACUGAGCUUGAGUGGCACAUCUGCACCAAUCGCCAGCUGAUUCCCAGCUAUUCCGAGGCCAUGCUCCUGAACCUGACCCAUUCCCCCAUAUGCAACAGUUACUCGAUUCGCAGAUACAGUGAAAUUACUCAUGGCUGUGAGACUUGCCAUCAUGCCUCCAGUACCUCCUCUAUCUUUUCUCGCCACAAUGGCAGUGCAAACUCACAGCUCUCUCUGAACACGAGCCGCUUCUCCUUAUGCCAACUCCAUGGCUCUCACAGGACAGGACUCUGGAGAAGUCACAGCAGCAGCAUCACUGACCGUGGUUGCCAGGAUGACCAAUGUUGCUCCCACUCUAGCCAACUGGUUAUCAACGAAAACCCGCCCACUUACCAAGAAGCUCGUUUUUUCCCAGUACUAAUUGUGCAUCGGUCAGAGGGUCAGGAAAGGAGGCACUUCUGUCUCCGCCGUGCUUCCUGCCUGGAGACCUCGCUCUGACUUUCUGUUAAGAAGAGUUUUAAGGGCAACUACUUGUUUGCCAAUAACAGCAAUACAGACAACAUAAACUCAUUGAAGUCUCAAUUGUCCAUUUCUCCAAAAAAAGAGAGACUUAUUCAUGUAGAAAUCUAAGAAAAGACAACUCUGAAUCUAAAGGUCUCAACAAAUACUGUAGGUUAGUUAGGAUGUUAUCAUGAUAUGGUUGCUUCUUCAGGGAUUUUUACAGUUUAUAGGGUUUUAUCCCCUUUAAUCUAAAACUCAUGGUUAGGGUAAGAGAAAUUUCUAAGGCUAUCAUGUGAACUUUACUAAAUUCAGGCCUCCCCUGAAAAGCUCCAUAAACCUUGACUCCUAUGCCAUACUAACCUGGCUCCUGCGUAUGCUACAUGGUGAUAAGAGCCAGAUUCCCGAUUUUAUUAUCUACUUUUAAAAUAGAAAAAUAUUGUGUGUCAUGCAGAAGACAUAAUAAAAAUGGUGAUCCCUAAAAUCAUCCCAUAACUUCUCUAUGCUAUUUGCUUCAUUUCACUUUCCUUCUAAGACAUCUCUGUCUCUUUCUUUCUCUCUCUUUUGUCAAACCGAUAGGAACACACUUUGCUUCUUCUCCUACUUUAAACUAUUAAGGAAAUAUGUGGAAGCAUGUGACACGCGAAGACCCUAUCUUAAAUCUAUGUGUUAGCAGUCUAUAGCACAAAGCUAGCUGGGUGACUUUGGGCCCAUUACAGGUAAUCCUUGAUUUACGACUACAAUUGAGCCCAAAUUCUGUUGCUAAGUGAGACAUUUGUUAAGUGAAUUUUGUCCCAUUUUGACUUUUCUCACCACAGUUGUUAAGAGAAUCAAUUCAGUUAUUACUUUAAUAACGCAGUUGUUAAGUGAAUCUGGCUUUCCCAUUGCCUUUGCUUGUCAGAAGGCUGCAAAAGGAGAUCACAUGACCCUGGGACACUGCAAUUGUCAUAAAUGUCUGAAUUUUGAUCAUGUGACCAUGGGAAUGCCAUAAGUGUGAGAAACAGCCUUUAAUCAAUUUUUUUCAGUGUUGUUGCAACUUCAAACGGUCACUAAACAAACCAUUGUAAGUCAAGGACUAUACUUUCUCUCGGCCCUAGAAACAAGGCUGUGGCAAAUCACUUCUGAAAAUCUGUGCCAAGAGAACUGCAGGGACUUCUCCAGGCAGUUUGAGGAUUGGAGACAAAUGAAUGAAAGGGGCGGGGGGGGGGAGUUAGGUUCAUGAAUAUUUACAUAUUUACAAGUGUGUGUGUGUGUGUGUGUGUG